AUGGACGGGGGAGAGGAGGAAGAGGGGAAUCGAUGGUCGCCGCGUGUGUUAUGGACGGAGGACUGCGGCCAUGCAAGCUGCCUAAUUGGGCCGCGGUUCUGCGACCCAGCCCACCCGCUCCCUCGUCCUCUCUGUCCUCAACACCACGACAACCCCGCCGUCGCCAUCGCCGUCGCCGUCGCGCGCCAACAACACAUCCCACAUCAUCCUCGCUCGCUCGCCAGUCCCAAGAUGCCGCGCGCGAAACCCCGCCUCACGCGCAAGAAGAAAUCCAAGGCUAAGCAGGCGGCGCGCGCAGACCCAGAGCUCGCCGCCCUCCCCACAGACGCAGAAUGGGAGUCCCUCACCAAGAAGAAAUACUGCGACGUCGGCAGCCCGCCCUUCCGCCUCCGCGUCGGCACCGACGUCCUCAUCCUCGGCCAGGGCAUGUCCACGACGUCCUCCCACUUCACCCACGAGCUCUGGGUCGGCCGCAUCCUCGAGCUCGCCCGCCGCCGGCCCCUCGCGCGCCCCGUGGACGACCCCGGGGUCUGGGCCAAGGUCCAGUGGUACUACUCCGGCGCCGACGUCGCCAACGACACCGACAUCGACCCCGCCAACAUCCUCGCGAGCUGCGGCCGCUACGAGCGCCUGCGCGCCGACGAAUCCGACUACGACUACGUCGCGCACACCUCCUUCAACGGCCCCGCGAAGGUCGUGGAGUACCACGAGGAAGACAUCGCGCAGCCCCCGAUCGCCGACGGCGAAUUCUACGUCCGCCGCGCCUACUCCCGCUUCUCCAAACGCGCAACCGUGACCAAAACUCAAAGACCUGGGCCUCCUGCACCCCCCGCCUGCAACACCGUCUACGACCCCGACGACGCCCGCCCCAUGCACUUCUGCCCCAAACCCGCCUGCCGCCGCUGGUUCCACCGCGACUGCCUCGAACACACCGCCGCGCACUCCGUCCACGUCUCCGUCGAAUCGCACGCCUUCAACCUCCUGCGCUCAGACCCAGACUCCGACGCCCCCUUCCCCCUCCCGCCGCCGCCGCCGCCGCCGCCGCCGCCGCCACCGCACGCCUCCUCUCCCUCACGCGCGCCCCCGCCGUGGACGCUCGCCGCGCUCCCCGCCAAACUACGCGAGGCCGCCGCGCAGCAGAUGCUCAAGGGCGUCCCGCCCUACGGCCUCGUCGGCAACGCGCAGCCCAUCGCCGCCGCCCGCCGCCUCGUCUACGCGUGCCUCCGCGCGCGCACGCCCGCGGAGCUCCGCGCGGCCGCCACCGCCCUCGACGGGUGGAUGGAGCGCAUGGACUGCACCGACGUCGAGGGCCUGCUCGCGGACGCCGACGGCGGGGGCCCCGGGCUUUACUUCGUGGCGCUUUUUUGUCCGCUGUGUGGAGGUGCGAUUUGA